UGCCAGGCAUGGCCAAUGUAUUAUAGAGAAGUUAGAAAAAGAGGGUUGUGCAUUUAUGUUACUUUCUGCUCCUUUCACAGAGACCUGAGCCAUAACAGAUUGCAAGUUCUGGACAGGAAUCUGUUUUCCAAACUGGUCCGUUUAAAUGAACUAAAGCUGAAUCACAACAAACUGGAGGCCAUUCCUGAUCUGGGUCCUCAUGCGUCCAACAUCACCACGCUCAUCCUAGCAAACAACCGGAUCGGCGGGAUCUCAGAGGAGCAGCUCCGGUCCUUCUCCUCCCUGCAAACACUCGACUUCAGCAACAACAAAAUAGUGGAAAUAAAGAUGGACUCCUUUCCUGCUCUGCCUCUCAGGAACUUGUUCCUCUGCAACAACCGUAUCUCGUCGCUGGAGUUGGGCUGGGCCGCCAACCUGGCCGGGACUCUGCAGGUCCUAGAACUCAGCCAUAACCGGAUCUCCAGUAUCCCGGCCCGGCUCUUCCAGCUGCCCAACCUGCAGCAUCUGGAUUUGAGCAGAAACCAGAUCCGUAGGGUGGAGGGCCUGACCUUCCAGGAUCUACCUACUCUGCGCUCCUUAAAGUUGCAGAGGAACCGCCUCUCCGGGCUGAUGGACGGAGCCUUCUUUGGCCUCAGCAACAUGGAAGUCCUGCAGCUCGGCUUUAACAACCUGACGGAGGUGAGCAAAGGGUGGCUGUACGGGCUGGAGGCUUUGCAGCAGCUCCACCUGGAACACAACGCCAUCAGCAGGAUCCAGCCCGACACCUGGAGGUGCUGCCAGAAGCUCAGCAAGCUCGACCUGUCCUCCAACCACCUGUCCCGGCUGGAAGAGUCCAGCUUCGACGGCCUCAGCCUGCUGGACCAGCUCCACGUCGGAAACAACCGCGUGAGCUUCAUCGCCGGCGGAGCUUUCCGCGGCCUCCCCAACCUGCAGAUGCUGGAUCUCCAGAAUAAUGAAAUCUCCUGGACCAUUGAAGACAUGAAUGGACCGUUUUCUGCCCUCGAAAAGAUGAAAACACUAUUCCUGCAGGGGAACCAGAUUCGCUCGGUGACCAAAAAAUCCUUCUCAGGCCUGGAUGAGCUGCAGCAUCUAGAUCUGAGCAAUAAUGGCAUCAUGUCCAUCCAAGCCAACGCCUUCUCCCAGAUGAAGAACCUUCAGCAGCUGUACAAGAAGCUGGGGGUUGGGGAGGACCUCCCCAAACCCAAGAUUACGGUGCAGCCGGAGACGCAGUCGGCUCUCAAAGGAACCAACGUGACGUUCGUCUGUUCCGCCGCGAGCUCCAGUGACUCCCCCAUGAACUUUUCCUGGAAGAAAGACAACGAGGUCCUGAACGACGCAGAGAUCCACAACCAGGCGCACCUCCGGGCGCAGGGCGAUGCGGGAAGUGAGACGGAAGUGACGGAGUACACCACCACCCUGCAGCUGCGGAACGUGGACUUCUCUGCCGAGGGGAGGUACCAGUGCGUCAUCUCCAACCAAUUCGGCUCGUCGUAUUCCACCAAGGCCCGGCUCACCGUCAACAUACUUCCCUCUUUCCUGAAAACGCCGAUGGACCUGACGGUGCGGGCGGGGAUGAUGGCGCGGCUGGAAUGUGCCGCCACCGGUCACCCGUCACCUCAGAUCGCCUGGCAGAAAGACGGAGGCACCGACUUCCCCGCCGCCCGCGAGCGCCGCAUGCACGUCAUGCCGGAGGACGACGUUUUUUUCAUCGUGGGGGUGAAAACGGAGGACAUCGGCGUUUACAGCUGCACCGCUCAGAACACAGCCGGAGCCAUUUCUGCCAACGCGACUCUAACGGUUCUCGAAACCCCCCAUUUCUUGCGGCCACUCCUCGAUCGCACCGUGGUUAAAGGCGAGACGGCCGUCCUCCAGUGCAUCGCCGGUGGCAGCCCUCCUCCCAGGCUGAACUGGACCAAAGACGACAGCCCCCUGCUGGUGACCGAGCGCCACUUCUUCGCCGCUGCCAACCAGCUCCUCAUCGUGGUCGACGCUGCAGAGGCGGACGCGGGGAAGUACACUUGCGAGAUGUCCAACGUCCUGGGAACGGAGAGAGGCGACGUCCGCCUGGCGGUCCUUCCGAACCCUAACUGUGACUCGGCGGCGCAGGGCGGCGUAGGGCUGGUCAUGGGCGGGGGACUGGGAGCGGCUGACGAUGGGUGGGCCACAGUGGGAGUGGUCAUCAUAGCGGUGGUCUGCUGUGUAGUUGGAACCUCCUUGGUCUGGGUGGUCAUCAUCUACCACACCCGCCGGCGGAACGAGGACUGCAGCGUCACCAAUACGGACGAGACCAACCUGCCUGCGGACAUUCCCAGCUACCUGUCCUCCCAGGGGACUCUGGCUGACCGACAGGACGCCUACAUCCCGUCCGAAAGUGGCAGCAGCCAUCAGUACCUGGCGUCGUCCUACAGCGGCUUCUACCUUCAAGCCAAAGACAUGAACGGUCUUUGCCAGCUGGACACAGGAAGUGAAGCCGACAUGGAGGCGGCCAUCGAUCCGUUGCUUUGCCAUUACCAAGGUCCGAUCGGCUCGCUGCUAUGUCAGGACGGCAUGUACCCCAGCGAGCCGUCUGACGGCUUCCCAGGUUUCCCCGCCUACCAGAAGCCGGUCUCCAUGGAGUCCUACAGCGGCAGCCUGACUAAACCCAAAAAGAGGGAGUACUCACCGUUCGAGCAUUUGGACCUCUGCCCCUCCUCCCUCGGGAUGCAGCAUCCGGACAGCGGCUCGAGUCGAGGCUCCCCGUCUGAACAGGGACACCCGCAGCCGUCGCUUGAUGAGGCGGAACCCGUUGAUUGUGGAAAACCUCCGAACUGCGUUUCUACCUGCAACACUUUCAUGGGAACAUUUGGGAAAGCUCCUUGGACUCCGAACAAGGAUGUUUACGUCCCGCCAUCCGUCACGCAUCAUGGAUUAACUCUUCAUGAGAAUCUGUACUCUGCUCUGGACGUCGACUCGGACCUGGAACAAAAGGACUCGUCAGAACAAGGCAGCAGUGUCUAUGAGCAGCCUUUUGACAGCUGCAGGACCGAUCAUUUCCCACAAACGAGGACGAGCUCCUAGCCGGUCGGCCGUCCUGUUUUUCACGAGGAGAACCAAAGAGAACAUAAAAAAACUGAACCUUUCUACCUCACUGAAUGGAAACCUUGGCAAUAAAGGACGUCUGAAACGUGCAACAAUGAAUGUAAAGGACAGCUUCGUGCAAAAUAGCUGCGGUUAUUUUGACAUAGAUGAAUAUUUACAUGUUUAUAUAAAGUUUAUUAUAUUUUGUAAAUUGUUUAUAAACAGAUUUGAUUAUUUUUGCUUACUUGUUUUUGUACAGAUACUUUGCAGCCAAGCAUCUUCCAUUUAUGUGCGCUUUGAUUAAAGCAGUGUUUUGCACAUAUGUUAACAAUAAAAAAAU